AUGGGCCAGAUGCGAACAAAGCUUAGAAAGAUGGUGAUUCCAGUUGGUGUGUUGAACACUCGCACCAAGUUUUUGCACCAUGUAGAUCAGAGGACUUGCAUUCUGAGAAAGCCCGAUCAGUGGAUAUGCAAAUGCGGUUGGAGGUUCAUGUCGUCAUGCAAAAAAACCUUUUCUUUGAUGACGAUGAGCUCCCUGAAGGGGCAGCCGUUUGUGAUCAUUGUCUCAGAGGCCGGGAUUGAAAAGGCGAAGGUAGUUACAGUUGUGCUUGCUGGUCUCGGUGGCAUAGCUUGGUCAAAGGAGAGCUGGCUGUACACUUAG